CACUAAGAAAACGGUUGAAAAUGUUGUCAAAUUGGAGGCAAAGAAGUUAGAAAAUAGCGAAGAAGUGAUUAAAAGACAAUUCGUUCAAAUGGAUCGAAAGGAUGAAAUCGAAAAGUCGCGGUCAGCGCUUCCCAUCAUUAACGAAGAGCACACUAUUAUGGACGCAGUUUUUAAUAACCCAUUUGUUAUAGUGUGCGGCGAAACUGGUUCGGGAAAGACAACACAAGUGCCACAAUUCCUAUACGAAGCCGGCUUUGCGUCCAAUAAACAGAUAAUCGGAGUGACAGAACCCCGUCGGGUGGCGGCUAUCGCUAUGUCCCAGAGAGUGGCCCACGAGAUGAACGUAUCCACUGAUAUAGUGUCGUAUCAAAUAAGGUUUGAUUCAAACGUUACGAAAGACACGAAAAUCAAGUUUAUGACCGAUGGAGUGCUCAUCAAAGAAAUACAAAAUGACUUUCUUCUGAACAAGUAUUCAGUGAUAAUCAUCGACGAAGCGCACGAACGGAGUCUUUAUUCUGAUAUAUUGAUUGGUUUGUUGUCACGUAUUGUUCCGCUCAGGAAUAAAAAGAAAAAUCCUUUAAAACUGAUAAUAAUGUCGGCAACUCUUAGAGUCGAAGAUUUUACAACUAAUACCAGACUUUUCAAGUCUGUUGCGCCCGUAAUGAAGAUUGAUUCGCGUCAAUAUCCAGUUUCUGUUCACUUCAAUAAGAAAACAAACAGCGAUUAUCUUCACGAGGCGUUCAGAAAGAUUGAUUCGCGUCAAUAUCCAGUUUCUGUUCACUUCAAUAAGAAAACAAACAGCGAUUAUCUUCACGAGGCGUUCAGAAAGGUAUGCAAAAUACACGCCGAAUGCCCGACCGGUGGUAUACUUGUGUUCGUCACCGGAAGAAUGGAAGUGGAAGUGUUGUGUCGACGACUUCGGGCCAAAUACCCGAACAAUAACUCUAAAAAUAGUAAUGAAAAUAAAGUUUUACUGAAAAAGAGUAGACAUAAGAGAAGCGAACGGAAGAGCGAAAAGGAAACCACUGAGAAGACGCCGACAAUCAAUUUGGAUGAACAUAAGAGAAGCGAACGGAAGAGCGAAAAGGAAACCACUGAGAAGACGCCGACAAUCAAUUUGGAUGACUAUGAAGUGAAUCCAUUGGAAAGCGAAACAGUUUUAGACGAUUUCGACUAUUCUGACGAUGAAAAUGAUGACCAAAUUGUUGCUCAAAACCAAGAGGAAGAGGACAAUACGUUGGCUCACAGCCAACCACUACAUUGUUUGCCGCUUUACUCAAUGCUUCCGCAUUCGCGACAGAUCUCGAUCUUCUCGGAGCCGCCUCUGGGCUCGCGAUUGUGUGUCAUCUCUACGAACGUCGCCGAGACUUCUCUCACUAUUCCUAAUAUUAAAUAUGUUGUCGACUCGGGAAAGGUUAAAAGCAAAGUAUACGACAACGUGACGGGGGUUUCGACUUUUAUAAUCGGUUGGACAUCGAAAGCAUCGGCUGACCAGAGGGCAGGCCGUGCGGGCCGUACGGGUGCCGGACAUUGUUAUCGACUCUAUUCUUCGGCCAUAUUUAACGAUGAAUUCCCACAAUAUUCUGAGCCCGAGAUUCUGCGAAAACCGUCCGACGAUUUAAUGUUACAAAUGAAAGCAAUGAAUAUCGAGAAUGUCGUCAACUUUCCCUUCCCUUCUCAGCCGUCCAUCGAGUCAUUGACUGCCGCAGAGAAGCGACUCGUUUUGAUGGGAGCUCUCAAAGACACGAAAGAGGCCAACAAAGUGGACAAAACACUCAUGAAGGCUAAGAUCACAGAACUCGGGAAAGCCAUGUCUCACUUCCCUAUAAGUCCGAGAUAUGCAAAAAUGUUGGCCCUUUCGCGACAACACCAACUCAUGCCCUAUACUAUAGCUAUAGUGUCGGCGCUCACUAUCCAAGAGAUAUUCAUUAACAAUGAAAUGAAUGCCAAAAAACACAAGUUUUGGUUUAAAACCGAAGACACACUACUAUUGGGAGACGUAAUGGUUUUGUUGAACUCAAUCGGUGCGGCACAGUAUGCGGGACUGACCGACACAUUCUGCAAACAAAACGGUCUCCGAUAUAAAGCGAUCGUUGAAAUCAAUAAAUUGCGAAAACAAUUGAGUUCUCAAAUCGUCAAUAUUUGCGGCGAAUUGAAUGAAGACAUCACUACAUGUCUUGAGAUGAAACCUCCAAACGCUCUGCAAAUCAAACUUUUGCGGCAAAUAAUGUUGAGUGGAUUUUUCGAUCGCAUCGCUCGUAAAGUUCCCGUUUUGGACACCGAUUUGGACGACAAGGAGAAGAAGAAACUCCGCAACGCUUACCAAUCGAUUGAAGUCGAAAAACCGGUGUUUAUGUCGAAGAGUUCCAUCUUAAGCGAGGAAUGGCCCGAAUAUGUUGUUUAUCAGGAAUUAUUCGAGUCGUCGAGACUUGAGAUGAGAAAUAUGGUGACAAUAGAAGCCGAAUGGUUGGCAACAUUUGUGCCCAAUUUAUGCACGUUUUCUAAUCCACUGGAAAGUCCGGCCCCUCGUUAUGACAGCGGCGCCGAUGCGGUCAAGUGUUUCCGUUCGGCCACUUUCGGGCCCUACGAGUGGCCCAUUAAAGCCACAGAACUUGUUUAUCCCGAAGGUUUAGAUCGCUAUAAGUAUUUCACUAGAUUUCUGCUCGAAGGCGAUGUCAUCCCAUUCUUCAAGACAUACGCCAAGCAUUUGCUGUCGUCGCCAAUCAUUAUCACCAAAUCGUGGGCUUCUCUUCAGCCCCGAAGCGAACGCUUUCUCAAAUCAAUUGUCUCACAAAAUAUUGAUAACAGAAAAACAGUGAACGGGGAUAUGGUUUCCCAAACCCAGACUCAGAGCCAAUCCAAUCACAACUCAGCGCAACCGCAGCCGCAAAGCAAAUCCCAAACACAUCCCAAUCAUGUGGACACUCAGGCCAUACAUCCGUCGACGUUAUCUCAAAGCCAUCCGUCGGCCACUGAUUUGAAUAAAGAUAAAAAGCCGAGAAAUUAUAAGCUUAUAGUGGAUCCGGCGCUGAAGAAGGGACCGCAGAAGCUGUACCGUUACGAUGGGAUCGUUCCGGGGAGGGAAUCGGUUUACCCGACCGUUCAGGUGAAGGACCCCCGGAGGGGACCUCCCAUUUGGAACCGCAUCGAAGCCGCAGAACUUAUUUUUCCCAAAUUUAAGAUUGACAGCAAUUAUGUGGGAAUUCCUCCGCCGAUCGAAGUGUCGAUCACUAAUUUAAACGAUAAUAUAAAUAAGACAUUUCUAGAAGACUUAGUUAAAAAGUAUGAUCUCAUCGACGAUUUACAAGUGCUAUACCAUCCGAAGACUAAGAAGCACUUGGGUUUAGCCAAAAUGAUAUUCGCCACCAUUUCUGGCGCUAAAAUGUGUGUCGAAAAGUUAGACCAGACAUCAGUGAUGGGCAAUAUUCUCAACGUUUUCCUCGACCCCUUCGGCAAAGAAGUGAUGUUAGCGUUUGAGGCGAUUGUAAAUCCACCACCGAUUGUACCUCAGAUUCCGGUCGUAAACGCCGCCGAUUCUGGCUUUUUAGACCCGAAUACGAUUAUCACAGAAAUCGAUAGCAAAACGUCAUCCGCGGUUCCAUCAGUCAUCUCAUCCGUUCCGACCACUACUCCUAGCAGUGCCUCUGACUUCGGUUACGGCACUGACGGACGAGUCGGUCAGCCGUCGUCAGCGAGUUAUCAUUCAACGCAUUCAACGCCUCAUAGUUUCGACAGUGGCUUCUCAUAUCAACAGCAAUACCCGUACAAUCAAAACAAUGGUAACGCUUGCAGUGAUGGCACGUGGGGUCAGACGCCUAACAACAUGAGUUGGGAUCAACAGAGCGGCACAUGGAUUGAAAAUACUCGUACAGAAACUUCCGAUAAGAGUCCGAUUCGAGAGAGUUUGGACUCACGAAUAGAACUGCUUUUGAAGCAACAAAGCGCUGGUUUGGGACCCAGUUUUCUGGGCGUCAUGUCAGCCAUCGGAAGCCCACCCUUCGUCUCAAACGACUUUAAAAGUUCUCCAAAGAGUCACCGAAAGAACAAUGAGUUAAAUAACAGAUCUAAUAGACAUCACACCUACGAUUCGGAAGCCAUAUUAGGGACGCCUCCGUCUCCCUUCUUGAGUGCUUCCGAUUUUAUAAAAUGGACGAAAAUGACUAAAGCUAUCGACUCGGGAAGGGAUCCAACACUGGAGGACAGCGACUACGAGGAGAAGUAUAAUCCGCACGAAGAGGUGGUCGACGACGACGGGACACCACUUAAGGACGAACCGCAGGAAAGUAAGAGAACCCGUAAUAAAACGUAUAGAAAAGGUAUUGAGGAGGACAUGGAUGACGACCGCAUGUCGUUGUCAUCGCUGAGCAGCGGUGAGAAACUACACAUAGGAGGGGACACAAGUGAGCCAUCCGUCUCUGCCGGCGGUGUUCUUCAUCAGAGUUCACAUCCGAUGUAUCCGUCAGAACACGUGCAGAUGAUGGCUCGCUUGGGGUUAUGGAAACCUGGAAUGGGAUCUGAUUUAGGAGUGUUUAACUCAACCGCAUCUCAACCCAACUUCACCGCACAGUCCACUCCCGCAUUCGCGCCCUUCAUGUUCCCGCCUAUGACUGGCCAGUCAUACGCCACACCACAGUCAGGGCAAUAUCCGCAGCCGCAGCCCAACUUCUACCCCAUCCCGGGAUAUAUUCAACCCAAUAGUUCUCAUUUCUCUUCCAUCUCAGCGUCGAUGACUCCCACAUCAAAAGUGCCUCAAAUGUCUCUCAACACCGCUGUCACCGAAUGGCAGAAGCAGACCAAUGAGGCCAAGAAGAUUCAAAUCACCCGCAAUUCACUCAAUAAAGUGGUCUCAGAGCUCAAGGAUUUAAUCAAGAAAGACAUUUGCAAGAAGAUUGUGGAGAACUCGGCGUUUAAGAUAUACGAGAAGUGGUGGGAUGAAUGCGAACGCAAGUCCAAAGCACAAGACAUCACUACCACUGACGACAGACUCACUAACAGACCAAAUGAUUUAAGUGGCACUCAUUCUCGACAAACCAGUGCUGAGUGGCAGUCAAUGUCAUCGUUAUAUGAGAGCAAUCGAACUGAAUCUGUAAAUACGUUCACCAGUUAUAGUGGCGGAGGUUUAGGUCUUCGCGCAGCCAUACCUAAAAUGCCUUCAUUUCGGCGCAAACUUAAAAAGCCGACCUCUCCUACCAUUGAUGACACCACUAAUGACAUGAAGACAACAGAAUCUGAUGCCGAAGUCGAUAAACUGUCCGACGAUUCCGAGAGUGAGAACUAUCGGAGAAGAUCCAGAGCUCAAAAGAAUAGAGCGGCCGCUGUUAUCGACGAGAAGGCCAAGUCUUCGAGUAGUGACAGCAGUUCCAGUUCUAGUUCUGACUCAAGUUCAUCCGAUUCGAGCUCUUCUUCGAGCGGAUCCGAUAGUGAUAGUGAGUCGUCAUCCUCUUCAUCGUCGUCAUCCUCCUCCUCAUCCGCCUCUUCGUCUUCUUCCUCAUCAUCUGAUUCUUCGCGUUCAUCCGAUUCAAGUGCUGCGAAGAGAAAGAAGUACCGCAAACAUCGGUCCAGUCAUCCAAAGGGUGCUAAAGAGAAAUCAACGGAUAUGUUAUACGAUUCCGAUUCCUCCAAGUCUUUCGCUCAAAGAAAGGCCGAAAUAAAAGCAGAAAAAGAUUCUGAAAUGAGUUCAAAAAUUGAUACAAACUUGAGUUCAACGAAGAAUAAGGAAGAGAUGAUUGAAAAGGAAUCUGAAGUGACCACUGAUUUAGAAUACGAGGCCUCACAGGCGCUCAUGGCUUUGGCCACAGGCUUCUCAGCCGUACCUAAGAGUGCAGAAAGUGAUAGAAGUAAUGGUGAAAUAACAAGGGAUGGAAAGCCUCCGAAGAGAGUUCCCAUUGGAAGCGAUACAGAGUCGGCGUCAGAAGCGGAACAGUUUGAGAAUGAAGUGCCGCAGACGGCCAUAGCCUUCGACCACAGCUAUUGUCGGCCCGAAGUGACCGCCAGACUCGAGCCGAAGUCAAAUCUAGACUCUCUUAUUGAAUCUGUCGCUCGCGGAGAGCUUAAGAAAGACAAAGAUAAAUCCAAGAGUCAGUUAACGGAUCACAUGUAUAGCCGAACAAACGAUACCUCAUCUCAAGCCAAGCCUCAGAAACGACAAUAUAAGAGGAAAACUUCGACGACAACGCCAUUGAAGUCUCCGACACAAGAAUUUCAUCGCGGGAUUUAUGCCGUGGCCUCCGAGUGGCGCAAAGCCAAGAGAACCUCAAAUGUUGUCAAUAAUUUAGCCGACGAUCUCUCGGACUUCGAACAGAGGAGUCCAACGCCACCGCCUGUAUAUAAACAACGGGAUCUGAUCGGAGAGAUGAACAUAUUGUAUGAGUUCCUCAAGACAGGUAUUGACGCCGAAGAUGUGUCUUAUCUGAAGCGGAGUUACGAGACGAUGCUUCAGGAGGAGAACCAGGACUCGUGGUGGUUGAAUGACAUCCAUUGGGUCGAUCACACGCCCACUCACAUCGCGUCGCCGAAGAAACGCCGGAAGACCGACGACUCCCACCCCAGAGAACACCGAACCGGUUGCGCCCGAUCUGAGGGUUACUAUAAGAUGGAUGUGUUCGAGAAGAUCAGGCAUUCGCACGUUUCCAACGCUUCCCUCAACACCAAUGAUAAAGACGACGAAGACAUACCUAAACAGCUGCGCGUCCGACAGACGGGUACACAACAGUCCACUCGUGAGGCGCGCUCUAACCAGAGGAGGCUUUUGGCUACAGUGGACGCCGCGUGGAGUGAUCUCUUAAAAUUCAAUCAAUUACAGUUCCGCAAAAAGCAAUUGAAGUUCUCAAAGAGUCGAAUUCACGAUUGGGGUCUCUUUGCGUUGGAACCGAUCGCCGCCGACGAGAUGGUCAUCGAAUACGUCGGACAAGGAAUCCGUCCGAUAGUGGCCGACAUCAGGGAAAAGAAAUAUACAGAGUUAGGAAUCGGCAGUUCGUAUCUCUUCCGCGUAGACCUCGAGACCAUUGUUGACGCCACACGAUAUGGAAAUGUGGCCCGAUUUAUAAACCACAGCUGCAAUCCCAAUUGUUACGCAAAAGUGAUUACUGUUGAGGGAAACAAGAAAAUAGUGAUAUAUUCUAAGCAACCGAUAGGUGUGGACGAAGAGAUCACUUACGACUAUAAGUUUCCCAUCGAAGAGGACAAUAAGAUUCCGUGUCUCUGUCAGGCGCCUCAAUGCCGGGGUUUCCUUAACUAA